CCCAAAGCGUCAAGGAAUCAGGGAACCUAGGAACCGUGUCAGCCCAAACUUGCGACUUCCGUCUUAGCAGCAGUUGUUGAGUUGCGGAUCUGUCUGUACCUUCGCAUGCCGCGAUUCCCUCGCUGUCUGUGAUCUCUGUCCAAGAUGGAGGACCCAGACGUCAGCAACGACACGGUGCACCCGCAGGUUCGGGCACACAUCAACAGCCUGGUGUCUGCGCUCGGUGGAUACAGCAUUGACGACGACGACAGCUACAAACUUGGAGAUGACGCCCUCGAUGUGCUGCGCGAUCUCAAGAAAUGGAUCAGAUUCUACGACGAGAAAACAAACCGUAUGGACGUCGCUCGAUGCUUGGCCGAAGCGAACAUCGUCGGCACCGACCUGCUACAAAUCCUGGCGACAUGGCCUCCAAGCGAAAACGACAGCAAAUACAAGGCUAGGAUUGCCCUGGCCUGCUUCGAGCUCAUGGUCCCCCUUACCUGGCCCCUCGAGAAGGACCGCGAGACCAUGACUAUCAAUCACCACCGCCACCUACCCGUCCUCCAGCUCGCCCAGCUGGGCUACAAGCGUGCCAUUAUCAACUUUGAUGCCGCCCCCAUACUCAAUACCGCCGUCCGGGUGGCCCUCCCUUCCAUGGCCAUGCCUAUCGGUGACCGCUCGGCGCGAGACCAGGGCAUCAUCAAGUUGAUUCUCUUCUUUCUGAGGAACAUCGCCAUGAUUGCUCCUGCUCCAGGUGUCAAGUUCGAUGGAGACGAGUCACUGAUCUCUCGGUCAACCCUUAUCGACGCCUUUUCCUACCAGGACAUCCUCCUGACCCUGCUGACCAUUGCUUCCAACAUGGGUGACGACUUUCGGACCGAGGAUGUGAUCGUCAUGGAGAUCAUUUUCCAUCUCGUCAAGAGGGUCGACUCCAGCAAGCUUUUCGUCAGCGAGAAGCAGCUGAACAGGAUAAAAGCAGACGAGCUGACGGCCGCCAUGAGGAAAGAGGCUGCCAUGUUGAAAACCUACAGCAAGAACGCGCCAACUCGCCACAGCCGCUUUGGCACCAUGAUCUGGGUGAAAAGGGAGAGCGGCAAGAUCUCGACUGUCUCGGGCCAAGAUGCUCUGCUUGACGCAGCGACCCGUGAGAGGAAAAUGGACAGCACAAAGAACUUUAAACCUCCAAGAAGGGCUAGGAAAGAGGAUAUGGAGCCCAAGGGCCUGGGUCCUCCAGUGAAUCUCGACGAGCGAGCCCGCCAGCAGCUGCGUUCCUUUGUAUCCGAGUUCCUUGACUCCGGCUUCAACCCCCUAUUUUCCCAUGUCAGAAAGUCCCUCGACAGAGAGGCGUCACAUGUGCUGGACUAUCACCGAAGUCAGUUCUUCUACCUAGUCGCCUGGUUUCUUGAGGCAGAACGGAUGCGUAGGAAGGCAAACAAGGAGUCAAAAAAGCCGUCAGCCGAAGACGAGGUGGGGAGCUUUAACCUGGUCGCUGAAGUGCUCAACCAGGAGAUGUUUAUCUCCUUGAACCGCACCUUGGACCGCGCCUAUGGUGACAAGGACUGGCCGCUCUUAACGACAGUCAUGCGCUGUUUCACUCAAAUUCUCCUUACCGUCCAAGAAAUGUCGGACUCUGGCAACGAAGAAGAUGAAGAAAUAGCCGACAACAUCUUGAGUCGGCUGUUCUACGAGGAAACAACACAUGACGCUAUAGCAAACAUUGUUCGAACGUACAAGGACCAGGGCUUCGAAUACCUGGACGCUUGUACCGACCUUACACAUACCUUCCUUCGCAUCCUUGAAGCCUACUCGAAGCAGAACGUCGACCUGCAGGUCCGCUCACGCAAGAGAGUCCGGCGAAAGAAGAAAGCGGCCAAAGCAGCUGCGAAUCAGGCUGUGGACGGCGAACAGCACGAGAUGGAGGACGAUUCGGCGGACGAUGAGAGGCAAGCCGAAAAGACCAGCCAAGAGAGAAAGUUCGAUUUCAAGCGAUUUGCUCUCAGGUUCAUUCCUCAAGGCGUGAUCGACACAUUUGUGGCAUUCACUAAAUACUAUCGGGAUCUCGAUGAUUCCCAACUGAAGCGCGCUCAUCGGUACUUCUACCGAGUUGCCUUCAAGCAAGAGAUGAGCGUCAUGCUGUUUCGGCUCGACAUCAUACAUCUUUUUUACAACAUGAUCAAGGGCCCCGAACCCCUGGACAAGAAUUCGCUCAUGUUCAAGGAGUGGGAAGAGCUUGUGAAGCAGAUUAUCAAGAAAUGCAUUCGGAAACUCGAGGAGCGGCCGGCCCUGUUCACUGAGCUUUUGUUCUCCAAAAUCCAGAGCACGGCUCACUACCUGGAAUAUGGCUUCGAGAAGCAAACUGUCUCUACCAAUCCCAGGCCAGGCGCUGAGCUAGAGUUCAAGCGUGAAGUGGAGCGAGACCAGCAGAUCGCGAUCGUAGUCGGCGUGCUGCUGGACAAAAACCAAACUGACCACCUAGAAUGGAUCAAGCAACAGCUUACAGAGGUUCUAAACGAACGCCGCGCUUGGGAAAGUGUUGAGACGGCUAUGACAGCCGAAAGGCCUGACGGUGAAGCAGCUGAGAGGCCUGACGGGGAAGCCACUCAUGAGACUACCACCGAGGCCAAUGCGAAGACAGCCUCACAUUCCAUCAUCCGACCCGACACUGUCGCCCGCCGUACAGCCAUGUUCAAGAACUCCCACCUCCGCCUGCUGAUGAAACUUGUCGGCAUGGAGCGUCUCACCCCAACACUCGACGAGUCUCCCGACUCGACUUGGGUCAUCCCAGGUACCGUUACAGCCGACGCUCUCAAAGAGUCCCUCUCCCUCAUCAACAACGCCGAGUUCACCCCGCCCACCUUUGAAGACGGCGAACUAGCCGCCGACCAACUCCGCCGGAAAUCUGCUGUCCGCAGACGCGCUGCAUAUGAUGACGACGACAACGACAGGGACGGAAUAAACGACCUGAUCGACGAUGACGAAGAAGGAGACGGCAUCCUCUUCCCCAUGGGCGGUCCCACCGCGCGGAAACCGGACGCGCCAAGCAAAAAGGGACAGCCCCGCCGCCGUCGCCGGCGGGAGGGCAGCCAGGAACCUCCGACGGACGAACAACUGGAUGAGAAGCUGCGCAAAAGACGGCAGAAACAGCUCGAAAAGGCCCGCCGUAUCAAGAGUGCCGUCUAUGUCGACCCGCGCGACGACGAGGACGACGAGGAGCGGGACAGGGAAUUCUUUGCUCGCGAGGCGGCCCGCCAGGCGGCCAAGAAUGCUAGCUUUGGCCUCAGCGAUGGCAAACCUUCUGGCGUGGACAGCUCGGUUUGGGAUAUGCUACUCGGAGUUGGGGACGAGGAUGAAGGCGGAGACCGGGAUAGGCAUGGGGAAGAUAUUGCUAGCAACGUGGCGCGGCAAGCGAACGGGAGAAAGGGGAGAAAGCGGAAAUCCGAUGUUGUUGAUGUCGAGGGGAGCAGCGAAGACGAGGGCGGGGAGAGUCCUGACAGUGAUAGAGACAGCACUGCCGCGUCCUCCUCUGCUGAGUCACCACAAUCACCAUCGACCUCCUCGAGGAGGCGGACAAAGAGGCGGAGGAAGCUGUCAUCGACCCGACAGCGAAUGCAUGCUGUUCGUCUGGACGAUGAUGACGACCAAGAAGAAGACGCAGAUGCGGGUGCAGGCAGAGAUCGUGAUAUGGAUAUGGACGUGGAUGACUCAACGCAGUCCACCAAGCCCUCCUCUGCCGCUACCACGGCCGCCGGUGCGGACGAGGACGAAGACACGCCUCUCACGUCCACGCCCAGCCCCAAAAGGGUUGUUGGCAAAGAUUUGGAUGACGAUGAGGAUGAUGGCAUGCCAAUCGCCCCCAAGGCGGCUGUGGCCAGGGCAGCACGGCCGCGGGCUAGGGCGGGAUUCAUCGUGGAGAGCAGCGACGAGGAGUGAGAGAGCGGUUCACUUUUUUUUCGUUUGGAAGACAUGGAUGGCAUAGACCCCGGUCUCUGUGUGCGUUGGCAAUCGGUAUCCCCCGCAUUGUUUUGGUCAUUUUCAUGGCGUUUGUGACCAGCCUGACUGAUUGGUACGGGAUAUCAUGGCAUGGUGUUUCUCUCGGGGCGGGAAGGAUGCAAUACAUACGUAAAUUUGUAAUGGCAAGGAAACUGGUACUUGUCAAUGACAAUGUCUCCCUAGUCCAAGGAUUCAGACAGAUCCUGCGCAUGACUGGAUGCUAGACUGUUUGGUAUAACAACCUC